AUGAUGCAACGAGAUAUCGAAUUCGUGAACCUCAGAAUGGCAACAUACUAUGAUAAGAAGAGAUCUGAGGGACCAGAUCUCAAGGAGGGGGAGAAAGUUUACCUUCUACAACGAAACAUCAAAACUAAACAACCGAGUGCAAAAUUGGAUCACAUUCGACUGGGACCAUUUACUAUUGAGAAGAAAACUGGACCAGUGAACUACAAACUCAAACUGCCAGAAAGCAUGAAGAUACAUCCAGUUUUCCAUAUUUCAUUGUUGGAACAAGCACCAGAAAAUGCCAAAGAACCUGGAAACAUCGAACUUGACGACACUACAGAAGAGGAAUACAAGGUUGAAAAGAUCCUAGCAAGAAGAAAAGUCAACGGCCAAACCUACUACUUGGUUAAAUGGAAAGGAUACGAUACCUCAGAAAACACUUGGGAACCAAUCAAGAACUUGACAAAUUGCCAUGAGAAGAUUCGAGAAUUUCAUCAACGGCGACAAGCUCAGAUGGACCCGGAGACCAGCGAAGAAUCUCACUCAUCUGACUCUCAGAUAAAUCAGGGGAUUCAGAAGAGACAGUCAAAGAAACAGAAUGCUCAGAAGCGGAGCUCUUGA